GAGAGAGAAUUGUUUUGAAAAGAUGCAAAAUGACGAUUUGCUGCAAUUUAAAGACUUUACGAACACUUCCAGUGCGGCCCAGAUAAGUGUCAAUUCACCAACACAUGGAAUAAACAUAGGAGCUUCUGGUGGGCGGCAACGAGGUGAUCCUUUAUCGGAGCUAAUUUACGAUAUGAGCAGUUCAGCACAAAUGUUAGCCUCUAGUGAUAAUAAUAUGGGUGGGGUUGGAAUUGAUGGCGUUGGCGGUGGCCGUGGCGGUGGCGGUGGCGGUGGCAAUAGUGGUGGCGCUGAUAUAAACAACUUAAACAUUGGCGGAAAUGCAUCCACCAAUGAUAGUAAUACGAAAGCAUCGUUUUUGGCCCUUGAAUAUUAUGAGCAAUUUUUCAAUGUCGAUACUUACAUGGUAUUAGAACGUAUUGCCAAUUCAAUGAUACCGAAACGGGCUCCAGGUAAUUAUUUACGUUAUACGAUAGGAUCAAAUCCCGACUUGUAUGGUCCGUUUUGGAUUACAGUAACACUCAUUUUUUCUAUUGCCAUUAGCGGUAAUAUAGCGAGUUUCUUGCAACAUGGCCAAGAUAACUAUCAAUGGCGUUACAAUUUCCAUUUGGUUUCUUAUGCUGCCACAUGUAUAUUUAUUUACGCGAAUUUUAUACCAGCCGCCUUGUGGACUUUAUUUAAAUAUAGUCUAAAGCCUUUGCAGGAAGGCUUAGAAACUGAAAAUGCUGAUUACACGCCCUCUUUAUUAUCGUUAAUGUGCAUUUAUGGUUAUUCGUUAUCCAUUUAUAUACCUGUUUCCAUAUUAUGGGUUAUACAAAUUUCUUUUUUGCAAUGGCUUCUAGUGAUUAGUGCUGCUUUACUUUCCGGCUCAGUUUUGAUAGGUGUUCUGACUCCUGCUCUAAGAAAUUCGAAAUUAUCGUUAUUCUUGGUCUUUGGCAUUUUAAGUGCACAUUUUCUAUUAGCUGCCGGUUUUAUGCUGUACUUUUUCCAUGUGCCUAACAGUACAGGCAACAAUAACGAUGGCGGGGCCACAUCAUCAUUAUCCCUUGUUUCGAGUCCAAGCCUGCCGCAUGCCGUCAAAUCGGUUGCCGAGGCUAACGUAACACCAGCACUAGGUUCGCUUGGUAAUUAAAAUUUUUUUUAUUGCCUUUAGUUUUUUGUGUUUUGUUUUUUUCGUUUUUUAUUCGUUUAAAUGGGU